GAACAGUUAACAUCAAUCGGCGUAAGAAGUUACAUUACAAGCGCGAGAAGUGUGAUUGUGCUAUUAGGUACACGAUAUUCAAAAUUCGGGAAUGAUUCGCGUAUGUUAGACGUAUCAAAAGAAAAGCUAAAGAAAAUGUCAGAAAUGAAAUUAGUCGAUGUCUACGACUUUUAUUGGAAUCAGAAUGCCGAUCCAAGAACAAAUGGUCUGCCGUUUGUCGCAUCACCAAUUAUCAUUCCUUCCAUUCUACUUUUAUACUUGUACUUCGUCUUAAAAUAUGGCCCUGAAUUCAUGAGAUCUAGGAAACCGUACAACUUGAAAACUUUCGUGAGAUGCUACAACGUCUUUCAAAUUACCGCCAAUGCGUACAUGGUGCAACAGUUCAUCAGUGCAGGCUGGUUCACCGAAAUAACCAUGUACUGCGAAAUACCGGAUUAUUCGUACAACCCGAGUCCUCUCAAGAUAAGUUAUACAAUGUGGUUGGUAACGAUGCUAAAAUUAAUCGAUCUCGUGGAGACGAUCGUGUUCAUGCUCAGGAAGAAAGACAAACAAAUUUCAUUUCUGCACCUGUAUCAUCAUGUGUCUUCGAUCCUAAUAUCUUGGCUUUGCACGAAAUACGUUCCACUAGCGAUGUGUUCGUUCAGUAUGAUGGUAAACUGUGGUAUACACGUGAUCAUGUACACCUAUUAUUUCCUUAGCACGUUUGGGCCCAAGUUUCAGAGUGUAUUGGCCAAGUAUAAACCAAUAUUGACCAUCAUGCAAAUGGUGCAAUUUGUAGUUUUAUUGAUACAAAACAUGCAAUCGAUUCUCCCGUCUUGCCCUGUAACGAGGAUACCAGGCACCUUCUCGAUAGCCAAUCUAAUUAUAAAUUUCAUUCUUUUCUACAAUUUCUACAAUAAAGCAUACGUGAGAUCUGCCGAGAAGAAGCGUUGAAUCGUACGUACGAUCGUGACAAGCCUAUUCUAAUCAAAAAUCACGAAUGGAUUGUAUUUUGAUUCGGGAAUCUACAAAGGUACACUCGAAUUUAAUCGGACGUAAUGCUUUUGAAAGAGAUAUCGAUACGAUUUCAAUGAUACGAUCGCUUGAAUUUUACUAUUAUUAUUUAUUUACCAAUUACGCAAAUCUAUGCCAAAAUGGGAUCCGUGGAUAUUUAUUAUGAUAAAACGCGAAGGGAGUUCAAUGUCGUGUUGCAACUGAUGGUAAACAUCAGGAAUCGAUUAAAUACGAUGAAUUAUUUUAUUGAAAUGACAUGCGAAAUCGAUGAUUACCAUAUUCAAAUUGGUAACAAUGAAAUGAAAUUACUUAUGCACCGAUGUGAACUAAAAUCACAUGCGUCAUAGCGAUUAAAAGCCAAAGUUUAUUUAUUCGACAAUGAGGUGGAUGCUCAAUGGAUGAAGUAAUAAGAAUUUGUCUGAGGAGUUAAAUAAAGAUUAUGCGAAAAUUA